CUCAGCUUCGUGGCCUCUCUCACGCGACGCUCACUACUGGUUGCCAUGAAAAUCCCCUGACUUCUCGAUUCAAUGUCCUUUCACAAUCGACAACGUGAAACGGCACUCUGUUGAGAGGCCGUCGUACAAAUGAGACGCGAUAAUGGUGCCGGCGCGGUGGUCAGCUCCAGGUCCAGGGUAUUCCGCCCUUGCUUGACGUGUCGUCGUCGAAAGAUCAGUUGCGAUAAAGCGAAGCCGAAAUGCAAACGAUGCCACCAGACCGGAUACCAAUGCGAAGGCUAUGGUGAGGAGCGAAGCUUUGUCUACGUCGUCCCUACCAAGAUAUCCACGACCCGCACGUCUGAUGGGUCAACUGACGAAGGCAAUACAAAAAAGAUCACCCUGAAGUCAUCCCGGCAAGUGCCGCUCCAGUCGCUCACUCCUUCGAUCCACUCGGUCUCUGCCAACCGAAUACAGGUGUUGUCGUAUUUUCUGGAUAGUUAUCUUCCGGGUCGACCAGCACAUCCUCGGGAAGAUCAGACUGCUUUGACUUGGAUAAGAAGUUGGCCUUUGAGUCUCGGAAAAUGGAAUUUUUUGGACAUGUCUCUAUCCGCACUGUCUCUCGCAUAUAUUGGAGAUAUGCAUCAAAAUCAAACCUUACUCCAUCAGGGAGAGCGUUGUUAUGAUGAGGCUCUGAUGCGGAUGCGAGCGAGACUAUCUCAGAAUUCGAUCGAUGAAGGGGUCCUAGCCGCUUGCAUGAGCAUGUCGAUAUACGAACUCUUCCAUACUACAGGUAACAGUCCACAAGGCUGGAUGUUUCACGUGAAAGGGGCGUGUCAUUUGCUCAGGUUGCGAGGGCCACCAUCAGAAAACUCGCCGCUCGAUAUGAACCUUUAUCGACGAAUACGAGCUGCCGCGUUGUGGGACUCCUAUGGAAGUGGAAAACCGACAUUUCUUGCCGGGCUUGAAUGGUGUGGCUUAUCUGAUAUGCCAUAUGAUCGGUUGCUCGACAUUUUGAUUCGUCUUCCCUCAUUACUAGCAAAGGCAGAUCAGAUCGAAUCAACUUCUAAAGACGUAGAUGCGAUACGAGCAGCUCAGGAGCUCCUUGGGAAAUGCCAUGCACUACGGGACGAGCUGAUUUUCUGGUAUGCGGGGUUUCAAUCUGAGGAAAGCGGUCCUCUGUUCUACCUGGAAUUAGAAGAGCGACACCCGUAUCUUGAUCCGGACUCUGAUUUGCAGGAUGUAUUCCCAGAGAGUGUUACAUUUCAGAAUGCUUAUAUAGCUCAGAUUCUUUUGCUGUAUUGGUAUGGCGAGGUAGUAGUGCACAGCAUCAUGUCGCAUAUGCAUAGGUUUACCCAGAAAAAUACUCAGAAUGUCGACAACACGGCGACAGCUACGCCACCAGAACAACAAGUUACCGGUGAUGUGAUCAGGGACGUCGAUACAGUUGGCGAACACUUCGCGUCCAAGAUAUGUCAAGCCAUGGCUGGGUGCGGACGGAAUUGUCUCCAGGGUUACGGUUUUCAGAUCGCCUUGGUUCCUUUAUGGGCUGCCCAGCAGUUCUUUUUUCAACGAUCGCCCCGGAAAUAUAAGUGGUGUCAAACUGUCCUCGUCAAUUUCAGUACCAAGGGGUUUGUGCUAGCACAAUCCCUAGGUAGGUUAGCACUUCGACAGUAUCCUGGAAGGAAGAUUGAGGAAUCUCUACCUGCUGACGAAGUGGAUUGACGAAA